GGCACCGCGCUCGCCCAACGGCGCGGAUCCUUUCUGGAAAUUAAUAUUUAAAAAAAAAAAAAAAAGCCGAGGACGCAGAGGGGAAGGUGGGGGCAAGAGGGAAGGCGAGACACACUGAGAGGGAGACAGAGCCCCACAGUGAGAGGAAGGAAGGAAGGAAGGCAGCAGUCGCCAGCAGCCGAUGUGAAGACCGGACUGCGUGCGCCCUUCGCCGCCUCUGCCCGGCCUCAUCGAUGUUGUGUCCGCCGUCCGCUCGCCCAGAUCACGAUGAACGCGCAGCUGACCAUGGAGGCGAUCGGGGAGCUGCACGGCGUGAGCCAUGAGCCGGUGCCUGCCCCUGCUGACUUGCUGGGCGGUAGCCCCCACGCGCGAAGCUCCGUGGCGCACCGCGGCAGCCACCUGCCCCCCGCGCACCCGCGCUCGAUGGGCAUGGCGUCCUUGCUGGACGGCGGCAGCGGCAGCGGCGAUUACCACCACCACCACCGGGCCCCCGAGCACAGCCUGGCCGGCCCCCUGCACCCCACCAUGACCAUGGCCUGCGAGACUCCCCCAGGUAUGAGCAUGCCCACCACCUACACCACCUUAACCCCUCUGCAGCCGCUGCCGCCCAUCUCCACCGUCUCGGACAAGUUCCCCCACCAUCACCACCACCACCACCACCACCACCACCCGCACCACCACCAGCGCCUGGCAGGCAAUGUGAGCGGUAGCUUCACGCUCAUGCGGGACGAGCGCGGGCUGGCCUCCAUGAAUAACCUCUAUACCCCCUAUCACAAGGACGUGGCCGGCAUGGGCCAGAGCCUCUCUCCCCUCUCCGGCUCCGGUCUGGGCGGCAUCCACAACUCCCAGCAAGGGCUCCCCCACUAUGCCCACCCGGGCGCCGCCAUGCCCACCGACAAGAUGCUCACCCCCAAUGGCUUCGAAGCCCACCACCCGGCCAUGCUCGGCCGUCACGGGGAGCAGCACCUCACGCCCACCUCGGCCGGCAUGGUUCCCAUCAACGGCCUUCCUCCACACCACCCACACGCCCACCUGAACGCCCAGGGCCACGGGCAACUCCUGGGCACGGCCCGGGAGCCCAACCCUUCGGUAACCGGUGCGCAGGUCAGCAAUGGAAGUAAUUCAGGGCAGAUGGAAGAGAUCAAUACCAAAGAGGUGGCGCAGCGUAUCACCACCGAGCUUAAGCGCUACAGCAUACCACAGGCCAUCUUCGCGCAGAGGGUGCUCUGUCGCUCCCAAGGGACCCUCUCGGACCUGCUGCGCAACCCCAAACCCUGGAGCAAACUCAAAUCCGGCCGGGAGACCUUCCGGAGGAUGUGGAAGUGGCUGCAGGAGCCAGAGUUCCAGCGCAUGUCUGCGCUCCGCUUAGCAGCAUGCAAAAGGAAAGAGCAAGAACACGGGAAAGAUAGAGGCAACACACCCAAAAAGCCCAGGUUGGUCUUCACAGAUGUCCAGCGUCGAACUCUACAUGCAAUAUUCAAGGAAAAUAAGCGUCCAUCCAAAGAAUUGCAAAUCACCAUUUCCCAGCAGCUGGGGUUGGAGCUGAGCACCGUCAGCAACUUCUUCAUGAACGCAAGGAGGAGGAGUCUGGACAAGUGGCAGGACGAGGGCAGCUCCAAUUCGGGCAACUCAUCUUCUUCAUCAAGCGCUUGUACCAAAGCAUGAAGGAAUAACCACGAACUGAAACCUCGGUGGAAAAGCUUUAAAU